CCCCACUUUGUCCGUCCCUAGUACUCACGGCAUCAUGACUCAAUCUCCAUCUCGAGCGGUCUUUUUGGCUCAGGAAUCGCGUCCACGAUGAACGCAAUCGGCGACCUGUCUCCCAAUUUAGACCCAACUCAGCUUGCCGCGGGGCAGGCGCCUCCAACCCCGCCUCACGAAAACGCCCUCGACGAUGUGUAUGGCUCUGCGCCUUCGUCCCCAGUUCUUUCUACACAUGCCCCGCAGGCACGGCGCCAUGAAAUCCUUUCCGAUCUGCCCUCUCGUCAGCGCGCCCUGGAUACGGAUGCUUAUCGAGAAGGCCUAGCAACUAGCAAGGGCCAGUAUGUACAGCAAGGAUUCGACGAAGGCUAUUCUCUCGGGGCAAAUCUUGGACUCAACACAGGCUACAUCCUCGGUGUUCUACAAGGCUUUGUUGCCGCAUGGAAGAACCAUGACCCGCAAGUACACAAGGAAGCCACGGAAAUCUACCAUACGGCUCGGACCGAAUUGGCCAUAGAGAAGCUUUUAGGUCAACAAUGGGUGGAUGAGGAAGGCAUUUGGAAAUGGGGUGUCGUGAGCAAGGAAGACGAUCCCACGUUUAGAGAGGUCGCUGCUCAGCAUCCCGUGAUGCACAAGUGGAUGGACAAAAUCCAAGAAUUGGCUAAAAGGUGGAAUGUGGACCUCAAGGCAGUAGACAAGAUGCAUGCUUCACAAGAACAUGAGGUUUGAGAAGAAGACUAAAAAAACAUGAUCAAAUACAUGGGACUCAAAGUCCCCGAGAAGCAGUCUUUGCUUGGUCAUGAGAAGCCUUGACACACUGUUUUAGUAUAAGCAAAUCAAACCCUAUCCUCGCUCUUGGUCGGCCGGUCAAGUCGGAGAUAAAAUCGCUUAGCACUGAUGGUAUGAAGCUCUCUUAAAGCUUUCGUUGCUGCUACAACAUUACUAGUAAUUUCUACUUAACAAGCACUGGCUUGUAGUAAACACAGAGUCAGCGCUUUU